AUGCUGCCCCACUUCUUACUACUCUGUCUCGUCUUCCUCAUCCCAGCCUCCACGGCCUACACCGACGACGGCUUCACCUACGAUGGGUUCUCCGAUAGCUUUCUCCGGCUUGACGGCGCAGCUUCAAUUACAAGCAGAACCCUUAAGCUGACCGAUGGUACUCCCCAGAAAGUAGGACGGGCUUUCUUCGCACGCCGGUUUGACUCUAUUUCCUCAUUCUCAACAACCUUCGUGUUCGUCAUCACUGCUCCAUACUCUGAUUUAAGCGGGCAUGGGCUUGCAUUCACGGUUUCCGCCACAACAGAUUCUUUAUUGGAUGCCCUCCCAUCUCAGUAUAUGGGCAUGGGCAACCCUGAAAAAAACGGCAAUUUCACAAAUCGACUCUUUGCUGUCGAGCUCGAUACCAUAGAGAGCAAGGAAUUCAUGGAUCCUGAUGAUAACCAUGUUGGGAUUGAUGUAAACAGCCUGGUGUCUAUGAGUGCCCACGGUUCCGGAUACUACACCCCAGAUGGCACCUUCUCUCGCUUGACACUUAUUAGUGGUGAACCAAUACAAGUAUGGGUGGACUACGAUGACAGUUCACACCGCGUGGAUGUCAGUUUAGCACCUUACUUGCAGCAUAAGCCUCAGCGACCACUGCUAUCAGCCACUGUCAAUCUUACAUCUGUUCUCCCAAGCUCAGUAUAUGUUGGUUUUGCCUCUGCAACCGGCGUCAUGAGGUCCAUACACCGCAUCAUCGGCUGGAGUUUCAAUCCAAAUGGGGAGGCCAAACCACUCAACUACACGGCGUUGUCUGAAGUUAUACAAGAUGUUAGACGGGAUAAUCAAAGGAGUCACUCGCGUAUCCCUAUGAAAAUUCUUAUGCCGGUUGUCACUUUGUCAGUAUUCGUCACACUUGUUAUUAUCGUUGCUCUGUAUGUUUAUAUGAAGAAGGCAAGGGAAAGUGGUGAGUGGGAGAUCGAUUCUGGGUCGUCAUCUUUCACAUAUAAAGAUCUUGUCGCUGCAACCAGCGGUUUCAGUGACAGAAUGCUUCUUGGCAAGGGAGGAUUUGGAAAGGUGUACAAAGGGGUGCUGCAAACCUUGAAGCAAAAUGUUGCCAUCAAGAGGGUUUCGCCAGAGUCGAAGCAGGGGAUGAAAGAAUUCAUAGCCGAGAUAACCAUCCUCGGUCACCUCCGCCAUCGCAACCUUGUGCAGCUGCUCGGUUACUCUCGUCAUAAGAGUGAGCUCCUUCUUGUUUACGAUUACAUGCCAAAUGGUAGUCUUGAUAGAGUUUUACAUGGUCAAGACAGGCAACAAACAGUAGACUGGGUUUGCAGAUUUAACAUUAUAAAGGGCAUUGCAUCUGGUCUUUGUUACCUCCACGAGGAUUGGGAGAAAGUGGUGAUCCAUCGAGACAUCAAGACCAGCAACGUGCUCCUCGACAAUGAAAUGAAUGGUAGACUAGGUGAUUUUGGCCUGGCAAGAUUACACAACCAUGGUACAGAUGCCCACACCACACAUUUGGCUGGCACCUGGGGGUACAUCGCUCCCGAGCUAGCCAGGCUAGGAAGGGCAACCAAGGCGACUGAUGUCUUUGCAUUCGGCGUCUUCAUGUUAGACUGUGUUGCCUGUGGGAGGCGUCCAAUAGAAGUGAAUGGUUCUGGUGAGCCAGUGCUGCUGACAGACUGGGUGACCGAUGCAUGGGAGAGCGGUUCUAUCCUCAGAUCAGUAGACCCACGAUUGGAAGAUUAUGUCAGGGAGGAGGCAGAGUUAGUACUAAAGCUUGGCCUGCUAUGCUCACACCCAGUACCCAGUGCUAGGCCAUCCACGCGUCUAAUUGUGCAAUACCUUGUAAAUGAUGUGUUGCUUCCGGAUUUCCAGCCAAGUUUUUUGAGCCUUACUAGCAGGGAUGAAGACUUUGAUCAGCAUAUCUUGGCAUGCCCUUCUGUGGCGACAACCAUGACUGGUCUUUCUGGAGGAAGGUGAUACAUGAUUUCUUAUGGCUGUGAUAACUUACAUUUACUAAAUAUAUUGUAUUGCAGAAUUUUCAUGUGAACGAUGUGUUCUUCCUAAAAACUUAUCACAUGUAUUGUGCUGUAACUAAUGUAGUAGAAAUAUAAAGGUUUCUCUCC